GUCGGCAAGCACUUGUCCUGCUGCGAAAGAGAAUAUUUUCAGGGCCAACAAGUAUGUACAGAGAAUUGCAUUGCCUAGUCAUGACGUGAGGCGAUAUUGUGGCAGUAGCCCAUCUUGUCCACUUCAUACUCCAUAUCUGUAUCAAUUAUGUAGGACUUCGGACUCGAUCUCCAUGCACAUCUUAUGCCACAUCUAUCCUUGUAACUACCUUCCGCUGUGAGAACAGGGGACUCUAGCCUCACUCAGCCGAUAGCGUUUUCGCGAUGACAGUUCAACCCUGAGGGGGCUGCGCGGCGUCUCCACGGGACACAGGCAUCGGUCCAGAGGCCAUGUAAAUUUGCGGGGCAAGGCUAGUCUUGUGCGAUCUCUAUGUGAUGUCAUUGCUGGCCAUUCAAAGUUGGACAUCACAUUUCCUGGGAUUACUUCAUCCAAGAAUGGCCAUCCAGGAUUUCAUCGGAGUCACAAAACGGAUGUUUGGGAAGGAAAAGGAACGUAUCGGCCAUAAGUUGGGUGGAGCUGCUCAGAGGGAGGCUGUUGGUUCUCGCGAUCCUAAAGGUAAAUCAUUGGAAGAAACGAAAAGCUUGAUGCAUGAGGGUUUCCUUGUGGCUGCAGCUGGAAUUCAAUGCAGUGUCGACGUGCACUCAACUUUGUGGAAAUACACGCCGUCUUGACCGGUGGAUGGCUGGAGCCAAAAACCAUCCAGUACAUGGGCUGCGCGCGGAAGUAUUGCGGCUAUAUGAAAGUUUUAAUUGUGGAGCUGCCUUGACCGAUCAUUAGUGCGAGAAGACUCGGGAGUCUGAUAAUUAUCAGCGAGACACUUGUCGUGUGUCCGAGGUCGAUUUGGAAUAUAUGAGUUGAUUCUCAUGCUCCUUUCACGAGAUUCACAAGUAAUGAACAUGAGGCAAAAUGUGGCGCAGUUUCUGAUGAACACCGAUCCGGAGAACGCACUU